AUGGGCGGUUACGCCCCCACGCCCACCUUUGAGCGGUCGUCGUGCGACCAGACAGACCUGGACUGGCUGGCACGAUGCGGGGUAGUGAGCGGUGCACGGGAGGAAGUCGUCGUGAGAUGGUGUUGGGUAUCGUUCACCCAGGUGCUGAGCUUGCUCCCAGUUCAACUCACAUACAUAGACACAUCCUCAGACUCAGACGCAGAUAUCUCCGCAUCCGCACUCGCAUCAUACAUGGCCUUCUUCACCAACCACGCCGACGAGAUGUCAACACACCGUCUCGCCCGGUCCUCCUCCACCGCCUCAAACCGCACCGAUCGUCGUCAACGCUCGACUUCCACUCCUUCCAACAACGCUUCAUCGCAUCCCACCUCCGCCUCCGCCUCUACGAAUCAGGCGAAUUCAGUCUCCCCAACGCCGACCUCGUCACUUGACCCGAAAGACAUCAGUGCCGGAGUCCAGGCGCAUGCGCGUGUUUCUGGGCGAGGUGGAGGUGGUGGCGAUGGUGGUAAUAACAAACCCCCUCGGCAAGGUCCGAGUACCAAUAAUCAUCGAAAGGACCAACAUCAACAUUCGUACAGGCCACAGACGUCGCCCGUACACGAGGGACACACCCCCUUGCCUAAUCCGCACUCCCCACCACCCCAACAGUCAUUACCGUUACAAUCAUCACAAAUUCAACACGCCCUUCAGACACAAACACAAGGGCAGCAGCAGCCGACACAGAAAUCAACGCGGCCGCGGUAUGCGAGUACGACGGCUUCGGCGGCUGUUAGGGGGAGCAGCGCCACGUCAGGCUCGACGAGGGAGCGGACGAUGUCGAAUGCGGUGAAGGAUCGGACGACGGCAACGACGGCGACGGCGACGGGUACUUCGAAUUCUAAUACUGCGAGAGAACGGACGACUUCGGCUUCUGUGCGGGAGAAGACGACGACGGCGACUUCUGCGUCUGCUGCGUCUGCGCGGGAACGGACGGCUUCGAGUGCAGCGAAGGAACGGACGACGUCGGUUGCUGGACCGAGGGAACGGACGACAUCUACUACGACAGCAGCAGCGCGGGAACGGACGGCGUCGACGUCGGUGAGGGCGACGACGACGAACGCUGUACGAGAACGGACGACGUCUACCUCUGGGUCGAAAGUGGCUGCUGCUGCUUCGGCGAGAUCGAGUGCGAAGCCUAUGGUGGCUGCUUCGACCUCGAGCUCCGGUGCCGCUGCUGCAUCCACUAAAGUCCAAUCAGCUUCGAAAUCACAUCGCAAGCCGCCUCCCUCCGUCUCGGUUUCGCGAUCAUCACCUUCUCCAGCACCGGCCCCAGCAUCAGCAUCAGCACAAACGGGCGAAAAUCCCUCACCUCGUCUGACAGCGUCAAAUAAUCUCUCUGCGUCCACGUCCACCUCCGCAUCCACUUCCACACUCACUCCCACAUCUACAUCUACGUCUACAUCUGCGGGCGCAAAGGGACCGUCCUCGCCUGCUGCGAGGAGGACGUCGUCGAACCCUGCGCUGAGGUCGCGAAUCACGACGUCGGCUUCACAGUCGAAUUUAAGACAGGCUGCUGCGACCGCGACCGCGACUGUCAAAGCGAAUGCGAAUGCGGGUCGACCGAGUACGGCCGUCGAGUCUACUACAACGAACUCUGGUGGGGCUGGUACGCCAAGUCCUGGUGCUGAUACGACGACGUUGAUGUUGACCGAUUCGCCUCUUGCGUUGACGCCGCCUGCUUCUUCGACAUCGUCACCUGGGUCGUUAUCGCCACCGCAAUCGGCACAAGUACCUUCUCCGAGGACGUUCUUGAGUUCUUCGAGCGCAACGGCUACGCCUACCACCGCCACACCCGCCAACACAGCAGCAGGAGCAGGAGCGACAGCUCAGAGCGAUACCGCACCAGCUUCGAGUUCUCCAAAAGCGACCCGACAGAAUAGAGGGCCUCAACCCGUCCCGAUACGGGUUCCCGUAUCCUCGGAGCCUACGAGACCCAGUAGUGCGAGUACGCUCGUUUCUCCGAAUGCGAAUGCACAGGGAGUCCGACAUCAUCUUACGGCGACCUCGCUCUCACUGAACGACCGUCUUCCCUCGCCCGUCUCGCGCUCCAACUCUGCGUCCCCAUCUCCCGGACCCGUACAGCCACGCAAACUUUCGUUCCCCGGCGAUCAUCCGAGUAGUCUGACACCAGGGUAUAUUUCCGAUAGUGGGGGUGCGCAUGGCGGGUACUACUCGGGUGGGAAUACGAGUGCGUCGGAUUAUGAUAGGGAUGGGAGGGAGGGGAGAGAGGGCAGGGAGGGGAGGAAUAGGGAUAGUAGGGAUGUGGCGUCGAGGUUGGAUGUGAAGAGGUUGUUGAGUAAGCCGGCGGCGCCGUCGAGGGCGAGUACGGUCAGUAUAACGUCGGAGACGGAAUCUCUUGUGGGCAUCGGGCUGGGAGGUGCAGGGAGAGAUAAAGAGAGGGAGAAGGAGAGAGAGAAGGAGAGGGAUAGGGGAGCGUAUGCUUCGGCGCCGGAAGAUUCGAGGGCAAGGAGGGCAGUGGCAGGGGUAGGAGCUGGGAGUAGUGGGGGUGAGAUGUCUGGGGGUGAGAUGUGGUCGAGGAGUGGGAGUAGUAGUGCUGGUGGUGGUGGCUCAGGGGCGAAAGAGAAGGAGAAGUUGAGUGGGAGUAGUAAGGAAGCCGCUGUCGGUGCAAGAUUGUCGCCACAUCCGCGCGCCAGCUCAGCGGAUGAGAAAAAGGUCGGGCAUUCGUCCAGGGAGUCGUCGAGGUCCAGGAAUCCUAUUCUCGGUGGUACCUCCACAACUGCUAUCAUCUCCGCCACCGCCACACCUUCCCCCAAGGAGCAACCAUCACCGCGAGAACGCAACGUCCUCCGGAAAAAGUCCUCCGCUCGAGCCCAAGCGGCUCAGGCACAACCACCAACCAUCCCCGAAGGUGGUUCGUACGCCCAACGUUCGCCCGCCGUUCCUGUCGUCGCCGCUUCUCCAUCCCACCUGCACCCUGACGCCACAGGCAGAAGCACGAGCAAUAGUCCGAGCUCUAGUCCCGUUCCCCGUGGUGGCAUCCCGUCAUCAUUAAUGCCACAACGCGCCAGGCCGCCAUCAUCGCCCAUCGGCCUUAGUCCUAUUCGUGGGACGAGCCCCGCCGCCAGGUAUAGCUCACCUAUACCUUCGCCGAAGCUUAGUCCGGCGGCCUCGAUAGCUUUGGCGUAUAAGGAACAGGAUACGUAUCGUCAGCAAUUAGAGGCUGUGGCGUCGGGUCUCGAACCGGAUCAGGAUCAGGAACCUAUCAUUUCGCGGACGAAUCAUAGGUCUUCGUUGCCGUUCCGGACGUAUCUGGUGUCUCACGAGGCUACUACCGCAGAAGCUGCGAAGAAGAAGGAGGAGGAGGAGAAAGAGAGAGAGAGGGAAAGAGAGAGGGAAAGGGAACGGGAAAGAGAGCGAGAAAGAGAGCAGGAGAGAGCAGAGGGUUUGGAGGUGGUACUGGGCGAUGAGGACUCACCUGGCGGACCUUGGUAUACCGUUUAUGGGGGUGAAGCAGGAAAGGUGGUCGCAGCGGAUACCGACGAUGAUCGAACGUGGACGUAUGCCAACGCUCAAGCCAAGGGUGGCGUACAUAUUCCUGCACCCAUCACCAAACAAUCCUUGACGAGGAAGGUUUCUGGCAAGUGGAAGCCCAAACCCACGCUCAUCACCGAGACGCGGGAGACUACUCGACCUCGAGAGCGAGUGGAUCAUUCCAGGAAACCGAGUCUGCUUGAUAGGAGGUCUGCGACGUUGCCGAGGGAGAGGAGGAAGAGUUUGAGGCUGUCGUUGGAGGAGCCGGAAGAUGUGCGAGUUGAUUUCCUUGCUGGUGAUAGCGUCCCGGCUCUGCCGCCUAUCGCCGGUCCGUCAAUGUCUUUGCCCAGGCGAGCAACCUUCGAUGAGGGCAGUCCCGGAUCUGCGCUGAGUGCGAAGUUCGGGAAACUCAGGAAGGGCUUGAAGGUGGAGGACCCGCUGCCGUCGCCUGGAGGGAAACUCUGGAAGUUGAUGAAGAGGAUAAGUACGGGCGGCUUGAGGGACAAGUAUAACCAACCGCCCGAAGACCAGUCGCCUCCACCACCUGUUCCUGCGCUGCCGAAGGACCUGUUGAAAGGGGUAAACUCGAGGAUGACGUUCGACGUACAGGCGCCAACUGAGAAUAUGUUCUUGGUUGAGCCUGGUGCCGUCGAGCGGUUCAUCGGGUCCAGAGCCUCGAUGUCUGCGGUGCGGCCAUCCACUCUCUCAACUCCGUCGUCAUCGUCAUCUUCUCGACCCUCGACGGGAACAAAACGACCUUCGACAGCGAAUCCUCAGAGCAGAAGUGCUGAUGCAGGUCCAAGCGGGAUUAACAACACAUUUGCUCGGCCGAGCACGGCUACCCGGUCGUCUUCGCCUCAAUCCUCAUCUGACAGGGCCUCCUCGAAGUUCUUCCACCGUACCCAGUCAGCCCGUUCUUCAUCAUCAUCCUACGGCGAAGAACUGCCUCCGCUGCCCAAGGGUAUGGGUCGUAAUAUUAUAGCCCAUAGUGAACAGCGUCGUCUGGAACGAGAAGGUGGAGACUCGCCCACUCAUGUGCUCUCACAGCCCGUGCGCUUGGUGCGUUCUGUGAAUGAAGCGUUCGACACACUGCCGAGCUCGUCUUUCAGCUCUCCUAGCAAUAGCCGACCCUCUUUACCCACCCCGCCCCGACGCCCCUCACUCAAUGCGGGCCCCACUUCGCCUUAUUCCCAUCCUCAAGGCUCGCCUGAUAUUGGCCUGUUCUCCGUCUCUGACGCAGUAAAUACGUUUGCACCACGGCGGUCGAACAGUCGUUCAAGGGGCUCGCAUGAGGAACCCGCCAAUGGACGGCCCGGCCUGCGCAUACAACCCCCAAUGCCACAAUCCGACUUCGGACUGCCCUCUUCCACCAUACCCACGACCUCCGAUGUAUCAUUAUCAUUCUCUUCUUCAUCUUCUUCAUCUUCUGUCCCCCCUCCUCGGCCUGCCCGAAGCACUCGCAGACCGACCAACGGUUCCCAAUCGUCUGAAUCUUCACGGUCUCCGACAUCUGCUUCCGUUACCGACUCCCCAGAAACACCUGGACCUUCAUUCAUCUCUUCCACCUUGGGUCAUCCCACGAUCGUCUCUCCGCCUAUAUAUCGCAGCCGAGACUCGACAGGGGCGAUCAGCAAUGCGUCCACUGCUCGCGUGCGACGACACUCCCCAUCGCCAUCACGCUCACCCGGAGCAGGGAAAUUGAAGUUCAGAGAGAUGGACAAUGUCCCGAGACAGGCGUGGUCGGAGCAAGAAAAGGCAAAGAAGUGGGAUGAUUUAUUGGAGAGGAGCGCGAAGGCCGGUGGGACGCUGCAUAUCGGGCAGGAGGGACUCAUGUCAGACAAUAUUCGGUUCUCGGUCAGGGCGGGACAUCCAUCGUCGCCAGAGAUGACGUUGCGGAGUGUUUGGGAGAUGUUGUCUCUCGGUGACUGGGCAUUUGGGGCUAGUACCCAUCUCUUGCAUGCUUGGGCUUUGCGGGUUGUUCUAUUUUGCUGGUCUAGCCAUCUUAGCAUUAGAUUUACGUCGUAUUGGCCGAGAGACUGCCAAACUCUAGCAAGAAGGGUCGACUGCAGCGACCGCGUAGGCAUUAAAAAGCUACACCAGAGUGAGCACGGAUGUCCAAAACCUGCCGGCGGCGGAGAGAAGACACAACCGGAAGCGGCCGAGUGGAGCGGUAACCACGCCGUUGUUCAGAAGCGGCACAGAAGGCAAAUCUUGGCGACAAACAAUGUGCCCAAAAAAUACGCGUAUGGAGCAUCGCAACGAAGCAUUCAAUUUACAUCGGAAACCAGACGCAAGGACUAA